AUGCGCGAAACGAAUGCCUACACCUCAAAGCACUAUCGCCGCGACAACGGCUUCCCCCUGGUAUGGAUGCUACGCUGCUGCCUCGGUCGCGCCACCAAAGGUUCCGAGGAGGAAGCCGAUGAGCACUUCGAGCGCAGCGCACAAGCCCGUCAGGGCAAGAUCAUCGGUCGUCCUGCGGGGAGGACGGCCUUCAUCGCGGGCAAGGACGAUGUGCGAUUGACGACCACAGCUCGACCACAACCCGUCGACAGGGUGGAACGGACUGACGCGCAACGGGACGAGCAGCAGACUGAGCCCGGAGUGGCGAGUUCGGACGCAAACCGGUAA